AUGAAAUUCUCACUCGUUACACUGACUACUCUAUGUGCAUCUGCCCUGGCAGCACCUACAGCCAAGAAGAGCCUCAAGAUCGACUUCCAAAAACAGCUGGCUGACUCUGGCACCACUUCUCAGGAUCCAAAUCAACUUGGAGGAGCUCAGGGAAAAGUUCCCCAUGAGGUGGAGCUCACAAAUCACGUGGUGUACUACCUGGCUGAGGUGGCUCUUGGUACUCCUCCUCAAAAGUUCCAGAUUGAUAUCGACACUGGCUCCUCGGAUUUGUGGGUGAAGGCAGAUGGGUCACCCGGUGCGUACUCCAGAAACUCCUCGUCUACCUGGUCUCAUUACGCAGACAACUUCUACAUCGCCUACGGUGACCAGACCUCUGCUUCUGGAGACUGGGCUACCGAGACUCUGGGGUUUGCAGACGCUCAGAUUCCCAAAUUCAUCUUUGGAGAAGCUACUAGCGCGACUUCGCAGCCCGUUUUUGGUAUCGGUUACUCGGGAAUCGAAGCUUCUAUUCACCAGCCGAAUGCCUUUACUUAUGACAACUUCCCGAUCCGCCUAGCCAAAGAGGGCUUUGUGAACACUCCUGCAUACUCUCUGUACCUGAACGACUUCGCCGCUAAGACGGGAUCUGUGCUGUUUGGAGCUGUAGACAAGUCCAAGAUUGACGGCUCCUUGACUAUCCUUCCUACCAUCAAAGACCAAACUACCGACUCUAAGCCCAAGGAGUUUCUGGUAACCCUCAACUCGAUUGAUAUUAAUGUCAAUGGAACCACCACUAAUGCUCUUGACAAGACACGACAUGUUCUUCUUGACUCUGGAACAUCCCUUACCUACCUGCCUCCUCAGACUACUCGAACCAUUGCUCAAAAGUUUCAGCUUCUGCAGGUUUCCGGUGGCUGGGGACUCACCAAGAAGCAGGUGGACGCUCUUCCAGACACAGCCACCCUCGAUUACAACCUCCAGGGAGCCCAUGUUGGAGUCAAGGUCAAGGAUCUAUUCACGCUUGGAAAAAACUACCUAAAUCAACAGCUGUACAUCGAAUACAACGGUGUUAGAGAGCCCUUCUACCAGAUUCUGAUUGCCGACGGAGGCGAUAGAGGUCCUGGAAACGACGAACCAGUCGAACUGGCCAAGUUCAUCUUUGGAGACUCUUUCCUUAGAUCUGCCUACGUGGUCUACGAUAUCGGAGCUGAUAAGAUUGCUGUUAGUCAAGCCAAGUUUGGUUCAGGUUCGGCUGAAGAUUUGGCUGACAUUCAGAUUGAAGACAAGGGCGGCAUUCCUGCUGCUACUGCUGCUUCUGAUCCCGUCUGGACUCAAAAUGCCCCCAUUGAGACAUCCGUGAACUACAAUCCUCAGAUCUACCGUCUUUCCACGUGA